UGAUAUAUUUUGGUAUGUUUUCAGAUUUUGCAUCUUCAUCAGAUUUGGUUAUAUCCAAAGCUAAUUGAAGAAUGACAUUGGGAGGUGAUUCGUCUCUUUUUAAACAGACAAUAUGCGCACUCAUUUGUGGACGUCCGAUUGUAAAGCCAGAAUAUUUUACUGAAUUUCUUAAAGCAGUUAAGUCCAAUAAACAGCCUCCACAAAUUGAAAGCUUUUACCCACCUAUUGAUGAACCAGCUAUUGGAAAUAAAAACAUUGAUCUGUCAGGACGACUUGAAAGAAAGCAAAUCUUCAAAGGGAAAACGUUUGUAUUUCUAAAUGCCAAACAGCAUAAAAAGUUAAGUUCAGCAGUUGUUUUUGGAGGAGGAGAUGCUAGGUUGAUAACAGAAGAAAAUGAAGAAGAAGAAGGUUUCUUUUCAGUCCCUGGAAUUUGUGUUGUUGAUGUAGGAAUAACAAAUUCACAGACUCUAAUUCCUGACUCUCAGAAAAAAUGGAUUCACUCAAUUAUGGAUAAGCUCCAAAGGCAGGGGCUUAGACCUAUUCCUGAAGCAGAAAUUGGACUGGCGGUCAUUUUCAUGACUACAGAGAAUUACUGUGAUCCUCAAGGCCAGCCCAGUACAGCAUUGAAGAUGACUCCAGGGCCAAGCCUUUCCCAAGGCUUAUCAUUCAAUGAAAAGCUAAUGCCAAGUGCCCCCGUGAAUACCACAACAUAUGUAGCUGACACGGAAUCAGAGCAAGCAGAUACAUGUAUGGAUUUUAGUGAAAAACCUAAAGAAAUCAAAAUCUCCAGAGUGGAACAAAAAUUCAGAAUGCCUUCACAAGAAACAUCCACUGUGAAGGAACCCCCCAAAAUAAGCUCUAAUGAUAAAAAUGCAGUAUCAAAUACUCUGGAAAGGAUGAAAAUCCCAACCUAUCAGCUUUCACCAACUAAAUUCUCAGGUGUAAAUAAAAGUAGAGAUCAGCCUUCUCAGAAGCUGCAGACCAGCUCCAUCAAAAACUACUUUCAGCCUUCUACCAAAAAAAGGGAAAGAGAUGAUGAAAAUCAAGAAAUUUCUUCACCCAAAUCAGCAAGAGUAGAAAUGUCUUGUUCUCUUUUGGAACAAACACAACCUUCUACACCCUCAGUAUGGAAAAAUAAGGAGGAGCAUCUAUCUCAGAAUAAGCCUGUGGAAAAGAAACCAGAUAAUUUACUUACAGAUAGAGAUUUAAAAUCCACUGUGAAAAAUUUUGCCAAUGAAUCUCUUCCUACAGAAAAACUAAGAUCAGAAAAAAGAAAAGAAACUGAUGACUUAGCCAUAGAAGAUGAAGUAUUAGAUCAGUUAUUUAAGAACACAAAACCAGAGUUAGAAAUUGGAGUGAAAGUUCAAAAACAAGAGGAAGAUGUCAAUGUUAGAAAAAGGCCAAGAUUGGAUAUAGAAACAAAGGGCACUUUUAAUGAUGAAGCAACUUUGGAAAGUAACAGAGUAUCUAUCAAAGAUGAACUUCAGGAGGAUGAUGAUAUGCUUCCAAGGAAGGUGUUACUAACUGAAUUUAGAUCACUGGUGGUUAGUAACUCUGCCUCCAGAAAUACAUCCACUGUAAAUAGUGAUUAUGGUCAACUAAAGAAUUACAAGAAAUUCAAAAAGGUCACAUUUCUUGGAGCAGGAAAACUUCCACAUAUCAUUGGAGGAUCAGAUCUAAUAGCUCAUCGUGCUCAGAAGAAUACAGAAUUAGAAGAAUGGUUAAGGCAGGAAAUGGAGGUGCAAAAUCAACAUGCGAAAGAAGAGUCUCUUGCUGAUGAUCUCUUCAGAUACAAUCCUAAUGUAAAAAGGAGACGAUAACGGAGGAUUUUAUAAAGGAGCCACAGAAAAACAUUCCCUCUCAAGCAUUUACAUCAAGUUUCCUCUGGCAUACGUUCAUUAAGUAUAUAGAAGGGAUUUAAAUUACAAAGGUUUUAUGGCCUAAAUUUGUUGAAUAAAAUGCACAAAUUCCAUUU